GCUAGAGCUGACCUUGCUCAGACGUCUGGCAUUGGUUCAUGUGAGCACUAGGGCACUAAGUUCCCGAACUGCCCCCGGAGCCCAGACUUUUUCCCAAGUCAGGGCAGAGUGGUCUGGACCAGUGCCAAUACUCACAACUCUCCCCUGGUCCUCUUGACACAGGCUGCCUCCAGGUGGAUCCCUAGACAAUCCUGGAGGUCCCCAAGGAAGCCCAGGGAAAGAGGUACCAUGGCUCUGCUCACCCACCUAUUAGUCUGCAUCUUUGGCUCUGGCUCCUGGGUGGCCAUCAAUGGACUCUGGGUAGAGUUGCCUCUGCUAGUAACAAAACUGCCUGAAGGUUGGUACCUACCCUCCUACCUCACAAUCAUCAUCCAGCUAGCCAAUGUGGGGCCACUCUUCAUCACCCUUCUUCACCGAUUCCGGCCUGGCUACCUCUCUGAGGUCCCAGUCAUCUAUGUUGUGCUGGCCCUGGGCACAACUGCCUGCUUCCUCUUCGCUUUCCUGUGGGAGAAGACUUCAGUGGUGGCUGGUGUUCUGCAUAGCACAGCUUUCCUGGUCCUCACCUUCUUCCUGGCCCUAGUGGACUGCACCUCCUCUGUCACUUUCCUACCCUUCAUGGCCCGCCUGCCAGCCCAGUACCUCACUUCCUUCUUUGUUGGGGAAGGGCUAAGCGGUCUCCUCCCUGCUCUGGUGGCUCUGGCCCAGGGAUCAGGGCUCAACAGCUGUUCCCAAGUCACCAACAGCUCUAUAACCACUGAGCCACCUAACAUCACUAAAGCAUCCUUCACCCUUGGGUCACUGAACAUCACUCUGAACCCUGACCUCACCACCAGCACCCCCCAGCUGGAGACCUGCUACAUACCAGCCAAUUUCUCCCCUUUUGUCUUCUUUCUCCUGCUGACAAUCAUGAUGGCCUGCUGCCUGACUGCCUUCUUCGGCCUGACUCGGCUCCCUAAGCAGUGGGAGCUCUCGACUGAGGACCUCCUGGUCAGCCAGGUGACUCUCAGAUCCUUCCAGCUCCAGGAAGCCUCAGCUGGCAGCAGCAACAGAGACAGCUGCCUAUCAGUGGCCAGGCCUGAGGAGAAGAAGACCACUGUCUGGCCACAGGCCCAAUUAGCCUUCAUCUAUAUCCUGGUGGUCUUCACGAAUGCCCUCACCAAUGGAAUCCUUCCUUCUGUUCAGACUUACUCCUGCAUGUCUUACGGUUCUGUGGCCUACCACUUGUCUGCAACACUUAGUGCCAUGGCGAACCCCCUCGCUUGCCUCCUGGCUAUGUGCCUGCCCAGCAGGUCUCUCUUGUGGCUGGGAGUCAUCACAGUGGUGGGCACUGGUUUUGGAGCCUACAACAUGGCCAUGGCUGUCCUGAGUCCCUGCCCUCUGCUAAAGGGCUCCCACUGGGGAGAAGCCAUCAUCGUUAUCUCUUGGGUGCUUUUCACUGGGACCCUGAGCUAUGUGAAGGUGAUGACUGGAGUGCUCCUGCGUGACCUGAGCCACAGCGCCCUCGUGUGGUGUGGCGCAGCAGAACAAAUGGGGUCUGCAUUUGGGGCGAUACUCAUGUUUCCUCUUGUCAAUGUGUUGAACCUUUUUAAGUCUGCCGACGGAAGCAGCCAGCAGUGCCCCAGCUGAUCAUGCACCAAGACAAUCUUUCUGGGCUGAAUUUCACUGGGCCAGGAGAGCCAAAGACAUGGAGAGCCAAUCACACCCUCAGACAUUGGCAUAGACACUACCAGUUCUCCUUUCCCCACCUCUACCCCCAGCAGGGUUAAAGCUUCCAUUACUUGAGCUAUCAGUGAAGACACCACUGCUAUCUCCAAGAGUCACAGCCACAAAUUCCACUCUUAGAUAGUCAGGACCUUGGUCAGUGUUUUUAGAAACCAUUUUUAUUGGCUUUGGGGUACCUGCUCUGCCUCUGGGGAAAAGUAGGCUAGCCCACAGGCCAAGUUGCCUGGAACCCUGAGAGGUUAAGGAGCUUGCCCAGGAUCAUACAGCCAGUAUGUGACAGCAACAAGACUUGAACCCAGGUCUUCCUGAGACUUGGUUUCUAUCCACUACAGCACACUUCUUUGCUUUUGUACUUCAAAUAAGUUCAUGCAUUCAUUUCUAAAAUAA